AUGUCCUAUAAUCCAUACGCUUAUGCCUCUGGCAAUAACGGAGCUCCAGAGGUACACGAUAGAGCCACAAAAGUCAGUGGUGGUGCUGUGCCACCACCUGCUCAACCGUUCCAAGGCAAUCCAAUACAGCCUCAAUUUCAAAACCAGUAUGCUCAGCAACAACCUCAAGCUCAAGGUCAACAAGCAUUCGGUUUUCAAGACCCAAGAAACACAAUGGCUUUCCAGAUCGGUCAGUCUGCGUUUUCCAAUUUUAUUGGACAGGAAAACUUCAAUCAAUUCCAGCAAACAGUGUCUAAAGCUACCGGUGAUUCUUCGACUUUAUCACAUUAUUUCCAAGUGUCAACAUCAUAUGUGUUACUGAAAUUGAAACAAAUCCUGAUUCCAUUUGUAAAUAAGAAAAAUUGGCAACGUAUCCCAGACAAUGGUCCAAGUUCUGAUUCUGCUGGUUCUGCUGCAAAUAGUGGCCCUACAUUUCAAUUCCUUCCACCAAAGGAUGAUGUUAAUUGCCCAGAUCUAUACAUCCCAAUAAUGGGUCUUGUGACAUAUAUUUUGAUCUGGAAUACCCAACAAGGAUUAGCAGGUUCUUUCAACCCUGAGAAUUUGUACUACAAGCUAUCCUCUAUUCUUGCCUUCAUGGGGCUUGAUUUAUUUAUAUUAAAGUUGGGGCUUUACCUACUAGUAAAUACUACAUCUCCAGUGACAAGUUUAACCGAAUUGACUUGUUUUGUUGGAUAUAAGUUUGUGCCCCUCACUUUAGCAUUGUUUGUUCCUGGAAAACCAUUGUAUCUACCUCUCAUGGUUAAGAGUUAUUUGUUUGUUGCAUUUGGGACAUUUCUUUUGAGAUCUGUCAAAUUUAAUCUAUUUAGUGGGCCCAGCGACGACAUGUCACACUUCCCAGAACUCACCGUCAAGAAGUGCAAUUAUUUCUUGUUCCUCUAUGGAUUCGUGUGGCAAACCAUAUUGAUGUGGCUCAUGGGAUAA